UUGAGACUGCAGCGAGCGAAGGUCAGACUGCAGUGGGUGCUGUUGGUUGAGAGCCCGCUGCCUGAACUUGUGAGGGGAGGAAAGAAGAGAGAGGGGGGUGGGUGGGUAAGGGGCGGCUGUGCGCGCUCUUCCCGGCAGAGUGCGUCCCGCUCCACACGCGCGCGCGCGCGCACACUCAUCGGAGUCACUCUGCUUCCAGGCAUCGGGCUGCCUUCUCUCCUCCUGAAUAUCUCAGAUGAACAGUCUGAAGGACGCCGUCAGACCUCUCCUGCCCGCGCACCUCCAGGAGGAAACAAACUGUGUGUUUGUUGUUGUUGUGUCGCUGUUUACUCCACAGUUUCCUACCCGGUGAUUCUGGAUUUACGGAGAAUUGGAAACAGCGUGGGCGCGUAACUCCCGAAAUCAUGGAAUUAUGGAUAAAGUUGAUGUUGCUGUGCAGCUGCAGCUUUGGAGCAAGUGCAGACUUCGAUGGCAGGUGGCCACGGCAGAUGGCAUCAUCCAAUGGCCUGUGUCGAUAUGGGGCCCGUGUGGACUGCUGCUGGGGAUGGACUCGUCGCUCCUGGGGUCACUGCCAGCCUCUCUUCGCCUUAACUCACAGGGUAGUCGGGAUAAGGUGCCUGCCCCAAGCUGUGUGCCAGCCUGGCUGUAAGCAUGGAGACUGCGUGGGACCCAAUAAGUGCAAGUGCCAUCCUGGUUUCACUGGGAAAACCUGCAAUCAAGAAGAGGCGCUGGACUAUUUAACCCCACCAGUGUGGGCCAGUCACCUUCCUAUCUUUCUUCCCGUGGACCAUCAGCCGGCGAGAGUUGUGAUGGAGGACCUGAAUGAGUGCGGGCUAAAGCCAAGGCCCUGCAAACACAGGUGCAUGAACACGUAUGGGAGCUACAAGUGUUACUGCCUGAAUGGCUACAUGCUGAUGCCUGACGGGACCUGUGGAAACGCUCGCACUUGUGGUAUGGCCAACUGCCAGUAUGGCUGCGAGGUGCUGAAAGGAGAGGUCCGAUGUCAGUGUCCGUCGCCGGGGCUACAGCUGGCUCCGGAUGGGAGAACCUGUGUGGAUGUGGAUGAGUGUGCAGCAGGGAUAGCAGUGUGUCCCAGGUUCAGGAAAUGUAUCAACACCUUUGGUAGCUACAUCUGCAAAUGCCACGAAGGCUUCGACCUGCAAUACAUCAACGGAAAAUACCAGUGCAUAGAUGUGGAUGAGUGCUCUUUAGGUCAAAGCCACUGCAGCAGCUUUGCCACCUGCUACAACACGCCGGGCUCGUACAAGUGCAAAUGCAAAGACGGCUACAGGGGGAUGGGCCACGACUGUAAACCCAUCCCUAAAGUGGUUAUUGACCCCCCGAGACCAGGCAAAGUGCCUCCAAAUCAUCACAACCACAUCCCAGACUUGGAUCAGCAGAGGACCACCACCACUCGCCCACCAGUCACUCCAAAGAUCAUCUUCCCUAAAUUGCCGCCAACCGCUACAACUACAACCAAGGCACCCCGCCCGAGGGUGACCCCAUCGCAACACAAGCCGUUGGUCCCCACCCGAAAGCCCUUCAUACCCACCCGAAAGCCCUUCAUACCCACCCGAAAGCCACCGGUACCCACUCGCAAACCCUACAUUCCAAGGCCAGCAGUUCCCACCAGACCACCCUUGCCACUGCCACCGGUCACACCAGUGGACAAUACCAUCCAGAAGGAGGUCACCAAGCAGAGAGGGGAUGUUCACAUCCCCCGGAACCCCAGUGGCAACACAGUCCUCGACAUCGACUUUGACAUUGAGCUCGGCAACACGGCAGACGAAGCCAAGGAUGACCCAGAGUCGGGGUAUCUGAGCUGCUCCUUUGAUGAUGGUCUUUGUGGCUGGAUCAGGGACAAAGACGGGGACCUGCACUGGGAGACGACGCCUGAUCCAUCAGGUGGACGCUACCUAACGAUACCCGAAGCAGGAAACAAGAGGACUGGACGAGGAGCGCGGCUGGUCCUCCCCCUUAUCCCUCCCUGGAAUGACGGCAAUCUGUGCUUGUCAUUCCGGCACAAGCUGGCAGGUCACCAUGUGGGAAUGCUCCAAGUGUUUGUGAAGAAGGGAAAGCAGUACAGUCCAGCAGUCUGGGGUCGAACAGGUGGAAAUGGCUGGAGACACACCCAGAUCACAUUAUGGGGCACAGGCCUGGAAAGUGUGAUCCUGAAGGGGGAGCGCGGGCGAGGCAGGAGCGGAGAGAUGGCCGUGGACGACAUAACCUUGAGGAAAGGCUCCUGCACAGAGGAGCACAAUCUGAGGAGACUUUGACUGACAGAACAGGGCGAGGCAGAAAGAAAACAAGAGAGAAACUCAUCUCAAAGAGAACGGACUCUGUUGUGACCCCCCCUAUCCCCGCUCUCUCUCUCUCUGCCUGGGCACUCACAGAUCCCUCCCUAAACCCCUCAGCCGUCGUGUAAACAAAAUCCCCCCAAAUCAUGCGUCUGCAGAACAGUGGGUUUCUCUCACUCGGCUGUCCGUUAAUAAAAGGACCGAACCUGUUCUCGUGGGUGGAUCCCAGCAGCACAUCCCCAGUCCUCUCAGCUUCCAUCUCACUCCAUCACCUUAUUACUCUAAAGUGUGCAUGUACCUACUCACCAUGGAAAUGUCCUCCACCUAACAGCACUGGCAGCCUUCCAGCCGCACCGCUGACAGGCCCACGCUCACUUCAUUUCUUCCCGGAGAGAGGAUUGUUCCUUUAUUUAGGGAGCCCGCUUUUGCUUUGCUUUGAUCCUUUAACCACAAGCCAUUGCUUUUUUAGUUGCUUAAUGGUGAAAACAUGUGGCCAGGGGUGCAUUUUGUGACUGUUUUGAUCAGAAAAAAAGAAGAAGAAACAAGCGGUAGAUUUCUUUUGGUUGGAGAUUUAAAAAAUGUACAUAAAAUACAAAUUUUAUUUGUCAAAAUUGAAUUGGUUCUAAUGCAGAUUUCUUUCAAUCUGAUAUAGGCCCACAGCAUAACACCAAAAGUCAGUUUACCGCUAAUUUUGCUGGUCAAAUGUGAGUUGUUUUUCGUUUUAAUUACCGGCUACUGUUCUAUAGCACAGCUUUGUCUGAAAGGUCCUUUUUCUUGCCACAGCAUUUCAAAGACCUGCUUGGUCGCAGAAAGUUCAGAUAUUUAGCAUCUUUUCUAUCGUGUUAUUGCCUGUUGAGGUUGGUAAAACUCUGCGAUCAUGUUCUUCAGAUACUUGAAACGUGUAAAACAGAAUCAUUGUACGAUUUUCGAGUCAACCGAAAAGUUACUUUUUAUUAUACACUUUGUGCUUUGUUAUAUUAAGUGCAGUUAUAAAGAUGAUGACACCAACACCUUUUUAGGUUUUCACAAAUUGUAUUAUUGUAAAUGUAGUUGUGUGUACAUACUCUAAACAAUCCCAUUUGUUGUGUGAUUUAUAUGUUAUGUAAAUUCAUACGUAGAUAUUGAUUGGAUUUCAGCUGGUUGAUAUUUCAACUUUUAAGGAAAGAACGUGUACACAGAUCAAAACCUUGUGUAGUGCAAGGCUGUUUAAAGUGUCCAAAAAUGUGUCUUCAUAUGGUAUAAAGCUCUGUUUGUAACUUGCUAAGCACAUAGUUGCAUAUUGUAUGAUGUGAUAAUGAAGGGCAUUGUAAAGGUUUUCUGUGUGCAUGGUUGCAUUCACCAAAUUCAGAAUUAUCCAGACCAGUAUGUAAAUAAAAAAAACAUUUGAAUGGUGUGUUUACAAAAAAUCAACAAAAAAACAAAAUUGGCUUACUUCCAAAGACGGACAUGCUAGGUGAUUGGUGAUUCUAAAUUAGCUGUAGGUAUGGAUGUGUGAGACAAAUAAAGGUUUUACAGUGCAA